UAUAAGUCAUCACCUUCAGUAGAUGGUGGGCAAGUUAAUACUUGAUUUAUUUGCUUCCUCUGACUUAAACAAAAGUACUCCAAAGUUAUUCUUAAACUCUUCGAGACAAGUGGCUCUAAAUGAUGGUGCGAGAAGGCGUGAUCACGCUGGUGGUGUCUGAAAUAUGUGUUGUUUUUUGUCAUCCACACAUCACAUUCCUUGUAAAUGUUAAUUACGUGGCUUUGAGGAGGGUCCUGAACCGACACUAGAUGGUAUAAAAACUGAAUCCCAAAACAAAAACACCUCAGGGAGGACUUAUACUCAGAGGAUGGAUGUAGAUGGAGAAACUGCAGUGUUCAGCGAUGCUUAGAGAGGCCCACAACUUGUUUGUUAUCAGUUGAGAAGUUAUUGUUUGACAGCGUAAUGGAUAAACCCCCGAACUGGAAAAUGGAAAAUCGUCUGGAGUUAAUGUUGCUUGUUGUUCUGCUGACACCAGCUUCAUCCGUCGCCCUGAGCAGAGAAGACUUUACAGAAGCUGUGGCGUAUUUAAGGCAGUAUGACUAUCUGCACAUCCCACUGCACAGUGAAGGCCAGAAGCAUCCACCUGAGGAGAUAGUGGAAGCCCUAAGAAUCUUUCAGAAAGUGACAAACCUGAAAAUAUCAGGAAAACUAGAUUCAGCCACUCUGGCGAUGAUGAACAAACCUCGAUGUGGACUACAAGACUCUUUCAAUGACAGAUCUCUUAAAUAUCGAGUCCUGGGUUACUGGCGCAAGAAGAUGCUGACCUACCGCAUCUACAAUUACACCCCUGUCUUGGGUCAGGGAAAGACCCGUUUGGCAAUCCAGAGUGCAUUCAAGUACUGGAGCGAUGUGUCACCUUUAAAGUUUAAGGAGCUGCAGCAAGGAAGAGCAGACAUCAAAAUCUCCUUUCACAGAAAAGACAAGACGUGUCCAGUUCCCUUUGAUGGACGAGGUCAUGUAUUGGCUCACGCUGACGCCCCUGAGUCAGGCAUUGUGCAUUUCGACAACGACGAAGUGUGGACAGAGGGUAAGAGCUCCGGCUCCAACCUGAGGAUUGUUGCAGCCCACGAGAUUGGCCACGCUCUCGGCCUGGGCCACUCACAACACUACAGCGCACUGAUGGGACCUGUUUACAACGGAUACCGCUCCGACUUCAGGCUACAUCCAGAUGACAUCCAAGGGAUCCAGGCUUUAUACGGAAAGCCAGAGAAGACUCCUCCAUCUAGAAAUCCAAGUCAGCUAUUGCCAGGAGUUAUUCCAGAUCCUUGCAAGGCCUCUGUGGAUGCAGUAAUGUUGGGUCCUUUGCGUAAGACAUAUGUCUUCAGUGGUCAGUAUGUGUGGACGCUGUCCAGCUCUGGCUACAACACUCCCAUAUUAAUCUCUGCACUGUGGAAGGAGCUGCCGGGGAGCCUCAAUGCAGCUGUUCACUCUCAGCGGACCAGCAAGUCCUAUUUUCUGAAAGAAGACAAAGUAUGGAGAUACACUGGCUUUAAACUUGACCAAGGCUUCCCCAAACGCUUGGCCAAUAUCCCGGCUGAUAUUGACUCUGCCUUUUACUUCAAUAAGAACAAACAACUUGUCUUUUUCAAAGGCUCUGGAUACUGGCAGUGGGAUGAAAUUGGCACGACAGACUUCAGUUCAUAUCCCAAACCUAUUGGAAAACUCUUCGACGGGGCACCUAGCAACCCUAAUGCUGCAGUCACAUGGACAAACGGACAUGUAUACUUGUUUAAAGGCACCCAGUACUGGCGUGUAAACCAGAACUACCGAGCAGUGGAGAAGGCCUACCCUCUGAACACGGCCACGCACUGGAUGCAGUGUGACGACUGAGCCACCAGAGGCCACCAGGGAUUCAACACACACUUCGUCCUGCACAAUGAUUGAGUAUGACAACUGUGAGCAACGCUUAUUUAUUUGAUCCCCAAA